AUCUAUCCAAUCCAUCUGUCCAUCGCCUCCAUUAAACACCUCUCUUUCUCUCUCUGCAAACUCCUCUCGCUCACCACUACAACAAACAAACAAUCCCACCUCAAUGAUUUCUCUUCCUUGACCACUCGCAAGAAAAUCAAAGCCUCUCUUUCAAUCAAAUCUCAAACCUUGCAGUAUUUUUCCAUGUCCAAAAAAUGACAAGCUAGGUAAAAAAAAAAGAGAGAAAUGGACACUGAUAGACCCCAUAGAAGCAACAGCAGCAACAAUAGUAGUAGUAGCAAUAGUAGCACAAGUGAGCUUUUUAUUUGCUUCACUUCUCGUCUUUCUUCUUCUUCUUCCAUGAAGAUCUCUUCUAAGUCUAUACUUAGCCCUGGCAGAGCAAGAGAAUCAUCUCAAAUCUCUCUUUCUAAUUCUCUUAGUAGAAGAUUAAGAACCAACGGCAGCAUGAAAGGCGGCCAAGCUUCCCCUAUGUUCCCUACCUCCUCCGGUAAGAAACGCGGUUGCACUUUUGAGAACCCUGAACCUUCUUCGCCUAAAGUUACAUGUAUUGGUCAAGUUAGAGUCAAAACUAAAAAACAGAGCCACAAAUUCAAAACCAGAUCUCAGAGAAGAGCAAGUAGUGGAGGUGGCGAGGUAAGUUUCAGAAGGGUAGACCAAAAUAGUACUAAUAAUAAUAGUUUUGAUGCCAAUAGCAAUAAUAGAGAUUUGAACAAUCCAGAAUGUUUGCCUCACAGAAACCAGAGAUGGGUAAAUUUGCCAUUAACUAUAUGUGAGGCUUUAAGAGAGUUUAAUUGUUUUUUGCCCUGCCGGUCAUCUUGUAUGGCUAAUGAUAAAGGAAAAGAAGAGAAGACGGCAGCGGCUGCAGGGGAUGGAUCCAGUAAUGGAAGUUCUUGUGCGGCUGUGUUUGCCCGGUGGUUGGUGGCUGUGCAAGAAGGAGACGGGAAAGGAAGGGAAAUAGAGUUGGUGGUUGGAGAAGAGGAGGAAGACGGGAAAGGAAGGGAAAUAGAGUUGGUGGUUGGAGAAGAGGAGGAAGAAGAAGAGGAUGAAGAAGAGAGUAUGGGGAGGAGAAGGAGCUAUAGACGGCAUAUUUUUGAAGAGAUUGAAUUUAAAGAAGAAAAUGCAAGUUUGCAAGAAGAGGAAGCAAGAGUUAGUAUUUGUAUUCCACCAAAGAAUGCUUUGUUGUUGAUGAGGUGUAGAUCUGAUCCUGUCAAAAUGGCUGCUUUAGCUAAUAAAUUUUGGGAAGCACCUCUUCUGGCAAAUGAUGAAGAGGAAGAAGGAGAAGAAGAUUGUGGAAAAAGUGAGAAGCAAGAAAUGCAUAAUGACGUACGAGAAAAGAAGCAUAAAGAAGAGGAUUUGAUGAGUGAAAAGUUGGUUCCUUGUGAAACGAUUCAAGAAAAUAAAACUCAAGAAAGUGAAGUUUUAGAGGAGCAAGAUGUUAGUGAAACACGCAGAGAAGAUACACAAGAAAUAGAGGAAAGGAAGUUAGUGAAACACGCAGAGGAAACUGAAAAACAAGAAAAUAUGUUGGAAGAAAAUGAAGAUCUGGAGAACUCGAUCAAUAAUCAAGAAAAUGAAGAGAAGUUGAUUCAAGAAAGUAAAGAAAGUCAAGAAGAUAGUCUUAUUGACCAAGAAGAUUAUAAACAAGAAAGAGAUUUUAGUGAUGGUGAUAUUCAGAGUUCACUUCAUAUGUCCGUACAACCAGAAGAAGAAGUAGUUGGUCAUGACAUAGAAGAUCAAGAAUCAAAACCAGAAGAAUUAAUAAUUCAAGAAUCAAAGCAAGAAGAGGAGGAGGAGGAGGAAGAAGAGACAGAACUCACAGAAGAGACUGUGACCCAUGAAAGAUCCGAAUCAGAAGACCCGAAAACCCAAGAGGGUCAAAUGGAUAUCAAGUCAAAGGAGAGAGAAAGUCAGCCAAUGUUACCAGAUUGUUUGCUGUUAAUGAUGUGUGAGCCCAAGCUGUCAAUGGAGGUAUCCAAGGAGACUUGGGUAUGCAGUACGGACUUCAUCAGAUGGCUACCAGAGCAUUCCAGGCCAGUCAAGAAAAAAGACGGUGGAGAUGAGCCCAAAAGACGAGUCAGCAUUGACAUUAAUCCUCCGUCAAUGCACGGUAGUAAGUUGCAGCAGCCACCCAGGUCUUCUUGUUCAUAUCCAGCUAAGCCGCCACCUCGUGCGGCUGGAGCUGAGUCUAUGUCUACGGCAAUAGAGAAGAAGCUGGUAGGGACCAAGGGUUAUGAGCCAUUUGUACUUACACGCUGCAAGUCGGAGCCGAUGAGAUCGGCGUCUAAGCUUGCACCAGACGCUUGCUUUUGGAAGAAUCGGAAGCUCGAGCCACAUCGUCCGGCGACGCUUGGGAUCAGCGCGGCUGGGGUUGGGUGUUAAAAGUCUAGUAAGUUUGAUUAGAUUUAGAAGGAAUCUUUGGUAAGAUAAAAAAAAGUGUGGUAAGUUGUAAUGGUAAAACCGUAGUUUUGCAGUUUUCUCUCUUUCUUUCUUUUCUUUUCUUUUUUUUUUUUUUUUUUUUUUUU